AGUUACAGCCGUGACGAGAUCGGCAUAUCUAUGGGGUGCAGCGCCGUUUUGUCUUAUUUUCCCGCUUUCGAAAGGUAGAGCAUUAGAAAUAGAAAACGAAAUACGGGCAACAAGCCUGCGACGUCCAACUCCACUACACUUUCGGUUCGUUUGUUGCUUUGUCUCGUCAACACGAGCUGAAUCUCCCCGUCUUCAAGAUGGCGUCCAGUGAGCUGUUUGCAAAACUGAACAAGUGGAAGGACAAGGCGGAUCUCACCGCGAUAGAGGCGCAGGGGCAGAGUACGGAGGAUAGGUAUCUCUACAAAAAGGUAGUUUUUGGAUUUCCUAGUAAGUGUGUUUCGCCCCACGUACUUGCUUGAAAAAAGGAAGAAUCUUUUUCUUUUUGAUUUGAAAAGAAGAAACAUGAAAACAGGGCAAAGUAUUGUCGUGCGAGCGACAGCACCGCGAGUACGUCUUCUUCCUUGUCGAAUCGAGGAACUACUGCCAGCAAUGGGAAGAACUGCACGACAGCAUCCACGAGCCACCAGGGCGGCAGCUCUAGUAGCACCAGACCUCCUGCUGCCGGACAAGUAGCAUUGCAGCAAUUGCCGACUGUGGCCAAGGGCGGAGCGCAGGAGCUUGCCGCGAAACUUGGAAAGUGGAAAACCGCCGCGGAGGAGACCGCACUGGAGAGUACGAUUGGCGAGACCACGGCGGAUGCGAAAAGCACCGAUCAUAUCGACGAUAGCAGUAAAACGAUCAGCACGCGCGGCAGUCCCACAAGCUGCUGCGAGUCGGACAGCAAGGCAAGUACGCCCGCGGAGACAGACGGACAAGGACAAGACCAGCCACAGGACCUUCUGCAAAAAUUGUCCAAAUGGCGAGAUAAGGCCGAAAACCAGGGCGAAAAGUACCAUGUUGUAUAGCACACGACCGGCUCCUUACUUGUUCAGGACUGCAUUCAUUCCUUUGCGUGUCCUGCGUCAUCGAAGACAGAUCUGAAUCUUCUGUCGAUUUUGGAACGGAUCUAUUUUCGGUUUCAAUCUCUCAGGUUCGAAAGCGUUCCGACGCAGAGCUGCGUCGACCGUCGGGCAGGCGACACUAAGUUGAAAGUAGGCGCAGCUGAGUUUGUCCCGGGCGGAUUGAGGUGAUUAUUAGAUCCAGACUUGAUACAUUGAUUUGGACCCCACAUCUGCUGAUGGUCUGGUAACCAAAGCGUGCGCAAGCGCUCGCAAGAGCGCUUUGCGCGCGGGCUUGCCCGCGCGCAAAGCGCUCUUUGCGAGAUGCUCAUCCAUCGCAAACGCAGCGCGAAGGCUUUGCCGUUACCAUAUGGGAGGAACUCAGGGGUAUGCAAUCACUCGCAAAAUCGGGCAUUAUCAAGUGCGUUUUGUCUUCAGAAAGCGGAUCGGGCAGAAUUUCUGGGAGUUUUACGGAAAGCAGCCAAAACAGCAAUUACCAAGUGGGAAAAGGGUAAAAAAGAGCAUUUUUGCAACUCCGCCCGGUCUGAAUCUCAAAAAAGAUAGCUUCAUUUUCGGCAAGGGCCGAUGGUGUAAUGCGUUUUAUAGCGGAAAAUGCGUCACUUCCGGGCAGCUCCGGCCGCUUGAAAAUUGAAAAAAAGUGCUUAAAAAGUGUGUUUUUUCACAGCAUGCAAGCGGGCGAAAAAAUUUACCAAAUUCGUCCGGAACCUGGAAGCCGCUUGAAAAUUGAAAAAAAAGACGAAAAAAGUAACAUUUUUCGCAGCGUGGAAGCAGCCGGGAGAAAACGCGGAUUUUGUCCAUGGCGCAGCGGCCGCUUGGUAAUUGAAAAUGACAAUUUGUGAUGAAAAAGCGAAAGCCGCUUGGAAAUUCCCGCUCAAGGGCGGUUUUUCAAAUUGUCACACGGCCCAUACCGUCGAGAUUGGACGAAAAAAAGCAGCCAUCAAGCCUGCGGAGGUGUGUCCACCCCCCACGGUUUUCGACCUCUCUGAGGGUCGCAAAUUGAAACCCUCCCCCCGCUUAGAAAUGCCCGAUUUCGGUGGCCCAAAAGGGCUGCCGGAAAUGAAGGAAAUGGCGUAACUUUUUGAAGUUUCUGCACUUUACCUGGACAGCGUUCCGCCGUGCAUAACUUCAUGCGCGACGGCGCAGUGGCCUUCAGAAAAGGCUUUGCUUUUCAAGGGGCAUCGAAAGGAUGCCCCGCUGCGAAAUAGCAGACCGGAUUUCGCCUUCAAUGCUUAUCGCAGGAGCCUGCGGGCCGCCGCGGGCGACAGUAGUUGCCCGCGGCCCUUUAGGGCCGCGGGGAAGUGGUGGAGCCCGCGGCGGCCCGCAGGCUCCUGCGAUAAGCUUUGAAUGCGAAUCCGGAAGCCCCCGAUGACCCGAACAGGUCAGGGCCAGGGGUCAGCUUGCACAAGGUUGGCGGGCCUUCGCGUUGGCUAGAUGUUCGCGCACGCUUUUGGUUACCAAUAUCGCCCUCCGGGCGCGACCUUAAUACUCUUCGUUUGGAGCAUGCCUUUCCUCGUAGUUUUACUUUUUCAUCAACAAAAUUUAUGUCUGUUGUAGCAAAAAAAAAAAAACAGCGAGAUGCUCGGCAGAAAAGUCGCAGUUUCGGUGGAGUCCAUGGCGAAGAGCGGGGUGGUUGGAUCAGCCACAUGGAGCCUGAGCAACGUCCCAGAAGCAGCUGACAUGCAAUCCGACCAGUUCUCCAUGUACUUACUACUAAAUUGCUUUUGAUGUUGUCGUGCUGGCACGAGAUCAUGAUGAAAAAUCUCGAGCCACAAAGAAAGUCAAAGUUAAUUACGCCGUCUUUUCAACUAAAGCUCAACACCACCUUCAUUUUUCCUUCCAAAACUUACCCAGACCAAACCUGGCUGGUGAUUGGCAGCUGGAACUGUGCAACAGCGUGGAGGACCAGAGCGUUUUGAAGUUGACCGGGCCCACCCACGUGGUCGGCGUGCGCGUUUCUUUCUUCGCUGGGAAGCAGCUGCAGAUCGCGCAGCCGUGGGGCACGGAAGGAGUGAUGACGAAGGUUUUCAAGAAGCUGACGUCGGAUGACGCCGUCGAGGUGGGUAUUCGGUGGAAGACGCCGCCGGGCCUGGUGCCACCGCCCGCUGCUAAAAAUAUUGCAGCUGCGGCUGCGCCGCAGGAUCACGCGCCGGCUGGAGCGGCUGCGCCGUCGCUACAAUCGUCGUCCACGGUCUCGCAACAAGCUACUACCGAUCAUCUUUCGCGAGGAGCGGACGAUGCUGAUGCUGCCGAAAAGAAACCAGCCCAGGAACAGCAGACAGCUGAGGAAGCUGAGCCGGACUCUACACGACCAGGUGGCACAGAGUAGAAUUUGCUUUUUCGUACGAAUCUUUGAACUGUGAUGUUCUUGAAUAUCAGCUUCAGCCGUAGUUACUACGCAACCUCCGGGGACGGCUGUGCAUGCCUUGUGCUUGCCAUACGGAUGAGCCGAGAGCCAGAAGGACCGACGCGCCGCAGGAAACAACAUAACUCCGAGCCAAAUAAUAGCAGAUUCUUUUUUACCGAUACAAUUUUCACGAACAGAUUAGUCUUCUUUGUGUCCUCCUCUUACAUUUACAGUUUGCUAACUGUUGCUACUUCUUUCAUACUGUUACAUACUACACAUUGCAAUCUGAAUAUCCGAAACCGAAUGACAAGAAAAAUCACCACCACUCGAAGCCCAAGGAAUCAUCGGUCUCUUUGCAUCUAGGAAACCGAUCAUGGACCAAGAUGAGAACUAUAUCUUGCCUACCGUCAAAUCUAAUGGAAAUCUGUAGUACAACCAAUGGGGAGGUUGUGUAUCUGAAUCUUCCUAUACACAACAUCGAUUUCUUAGCCAUAGCGAUAGCCACGUACCGAAUGGUCGUACUUUUUUUAAGUCUAUCAUAGCCGAUCCAUAUAAACACGUUCAAAUGCCACCCUGUCACCACUUCCUGACACCAGAAAUGCACAUGCCUUCCCUUGCUUCUGUAUGAUAAGUAGACUUUCCUAUGAAAUUCGAAUUUCGUUUGGGUUCGUUUGCCUACACGUACACGGACCAGUCGCAGAAGCUAGAAAAGUCCACUGUGUCUCUCCG